UAUGGGAGCUCGUGUCUCAAAUUGCUCAGGAACUUGACGCGCAGGACUUAUUCAACUUUUCUCUAUCGUGUCGAACCCUGCAACGGCUCAUUUGGGACGACCAUAUAUAUGCGCAAUGGUUUUAGAAUCGAGGAAUUCGGGUCGUUCCGGAGUCUGACACUGACAGUAUUUACAUGGAAGUCGACCGCCCCGUUUGCACCAGAGACCAAGGCGGCUCAUAAAAGCAAAAAUUAUGCUAAAGCAUUACGGCUAAUUGUGAAGCGUCGAACCGCGAUUUUGUCUGCAUCUUCGUACCUGGCCGCGGUCGUUGCCGAAGCAGAAUCCUUCCUUUAUUCAAAUGGAGUUCUUUGCUACCUCAGCAACGGGUUACUAAAAAUACGUGAUCUGCAAAACUCGGCACUUGAAGACACCAUUAGCAUUGGAAAGCUCCUGGAAGUAGAAGACCACCUUUCUGGGACCAUCAAGGAUGAACACUUUAAACUGCGCAUCUUGAACUACGCGGAUGGCUUCGUUUCUUGUUAUCUCAACCCCGGAAAUCGAUCAUUCCCCCGGCUUCUAGUCAUCAGCCGUUCCCACGGCCGCUUGUUCAGUCAUACACUUGCAUCCUCGCGGAAAAUCUUCGUACGAAAUGACGAUAAAUACCUUUAUUAUGGUACUCAUAGUGCCAUCGCAAGGGACGGAAGUCAACGCUGGGUACUUCGGGGCUGUAAUCUCCUGAAUGGUACUUGGCAAAACGAUUUGACACAUCUUCCUGACAGAAUUGGGUCCGAUAUUGGCGCCAACAUCUGCUUCGAGAUCAUUCACGGCUACUUUUACGCCCUGGGGAUUCAGAGACACUCUCUCCAUAACUCCUAUAUUUGCGUCCGAUUUCGCAUCGAUCAGUCUAAAACCACGGAGGAUUGGCAGGAGUUUCAUUCUGAGGGCCCUGCCAAUAUUCAACGGACUUUCAUUGCUCAGGAUGAGCGCACUGGGGUUAUGAAUAUCGUCCAGGGACGUAUUGAGUCGGGGGAAGGGCCCAGUGCCAACAAGAUGACAUAUUACAGAAAAAGGCUUCAGUUUCCUGGCGAUGGCGACAAAUCAGCCUUGUCCUCUACAGGCCCACUGACAACUGCUGGAUACGGAGAACCUAGCAAUGUAACACACGCCUCAGACCACAACGCUGCCAACCUAGGUUUGUUAACUCCGAACGACUCAGUCUUCUGGUGCUACUCAGACCGUCCUUUGCGAAGCCAAAGAAUAAGAUUAAGGAUCAAUUUAGCCCAUUUUACUGCGCCUGCCACGCCCAACGCUGGAAACCCAACUCGGGACCAGCGCGUCGAAAGGCACAUGUCAAGAACAAACCUCUGGUCGCCUCCAGAUUGGGAUAAUGACAAAAAUGUCAAAGCUCUCAAUGCCAUUCUCAGCCUGCAACUUGAACAAAAUUUCAUUGGGAUGUGGGAUGAGAGAUUAAAAUGCUACACAGGAGGCUUGCUGAACACUGUUCUUGAUCCUUCAAUACGUUUACAAGGCACUCGAAGAUGGGUUAACGCUUUCUUGGAGGUCCUUGGCGAGGAUCUCGGGGCAAGUUGUCCGGAAUCCAGGAUCCAGGAUCCAGAUCCUUCUGCAAACUCGGCCUACGAGGUGGUCUGGGUGACAGAGGUGAUGGCUUUCCAUCGGUGUGCUGAAAAAGCGGGGAUAAACCCGACAGUUUGGUAUCACAAUAAAGUUAUAAUUGGUCAAGCUUUCUUGGUGCUCCACACACCACAAGAAGAGGAUUACAUUGGUGCUAAAUUUUGCAGGUCCAACAGGGGCUGCAAGACGAGAAGCGGUGCUAACCUGAACAAAACCAUUGCCAUCAGCACUGCGGCUCACAGAACUGGCCAGGGUGGAGGGUGGGAUGGAUUGACCCUCGUUUAA